GAACCUGUCACACGAUUAUGUACUUUCUGUGUGCCUUCAUGUUUGUGAAUAUGUAUGUGUAUUCAGGGGGGCUAAUGGUAGAGGGCAAAAAAUAACAGAAGUAUCCGUUAAGUGAAACAGGCACUCAUAGAGCCGGAUACGUUUCCUAUCUUUAGAGAGAUGCACAGACGUCACACACACACACACACACAUGCACAGAUCAGGAAGUGAGACGGCUGGUGUCAGGCCCUUCAGCUGGGUAGCCAGGGUGCUGCAGUUGGCCUUCGGGGUGAGCUGGCUGCGUCUGUGAUGUGAUCGCUUUCCUCUCCGGCUUUUGGCGACGAUCGUUUCUCCCCUCUUCGCAUGGGACGUGAAGGCGCAGGGUGGCAAUGGGGUCCAGGCUGAAAGAAAAUCCAGAGAGAACUUUUUAUUGGUUCUUUGAAGCCUCCUGUCCUAUUGCUAAAGACAAAGAUCCAGGAGUUUUAUUUCAGUUUCCGGAAGAUUUCAGUGAUGAGGAGUCUCUCCAGACCCUGCCCCGGUUCUGUUUUCCCUACGACAUAGAGAGGGUAAAGGAGACUGCAGCAAUUCAGCACUUCACCUUUGUGCUCACGGACCUGGAGGGAUGCCAGCGCUUUGGUUUCUGUCGCCUGACGUCUAGCUCCAGGACCUGUCUCUGCAUCCUGAGCUACCUGCCUUGGUUUGAGGUAUUCUACAAACUUCUGAACAAUCUUGCAGACUGUUUAACAAAAGGCCAGACCAAUGAGAUGCGAGAGCUACUCACCGCCCUCUACAAAUACCCUGUGCCAGAGGUCAACAGCUCUGUCACUCUACAGCUGGGUGAGCAGCUACAGGUCAGAGUGGGGGUGCAGCAGUCCCUCCAUUGCCUCUCACCCCCCCCACCGGGGAAGGGAGGAUCAGGGAUCCCUUACUUCAUUGCUCCUGACCCCGGGAGUCUUCCCUCCAUCCCAGAAAGUAGGAACCUGACUGAGUUGGUGGUGGCUGUGGAUGUCAGUAAUCUACUGCAGCUCUACGCCAGCAUGCUGUUCGAACGGAGAAUUAUCAUCAGCUCCACCAAGCUGAGCACGUUGACGGCUUGUGUCCACGCCUGCAGUGCCAUGCUCUACCCCAUGUAUUGGCAACACAUAUUCAUCCCCGUGCUCCCCCCUCAUCUGCUGGACUACUGCUGUGCUCCCAUGCCCUACAUCAUUGGUGUCCACUCCAGUCUUAUGGAGAAAGUGAGGAGCAGGGCUUUGGAGGAUGUGGUCAUUUUGAACGUGGACACAAACACACUGGAGUCCCCAUUCGAGGACCUGAAAAGGAUUCCGUCAGACGUGCUCUCAUUGCUGAAGGUUCGGCUGAAGAAGCAGUCUACGGCCCCAGGUUCGGGCGUGGCUCGAGCCUUCCUGAAGACACAGGCUCUGCUUUUUGGGGGGUACAGAGAUGCACUGCUGAGCCCCACGGAGGGGGGUCCACUCAGGUUUUGCGAGGAAUCUUUCCUGAAGCACAAGUCUCACAGCAUGAGGCAGUUUCUGGAGAGUGCUGUCCACCUGCAGUUCUUCAAGCAGUUUAUUGACGGACGCCUAGAGCUGAUAAACCGAGGGAAGGAUCCCGUGGAUCUGUUUGAGGAGGAAAUGUUUCAAUGUGGGGAGUCUGCAGGUGGCAGACGAUCCUACCAGCAGCUGGUUGGGAACCUGAAGAAAGGGGGCGGAGCUCUGAUUCACACAGUCAAGUCUAAGGCCAACAUGUGCAAGACUGCUAAAGGUCAUGCCAAGUCCGGCUUGAAGAAUCUUCUGUGUUCCAAGGAGGAGAAUGAGGUGGCCCUGCUCUACAGAGGGGGGUCCCUGCGGUCUGAAGUCCCAGGAACUUAUGUGCAUCGUCGGGUACAGUCCGACUGUCUGCAGAACCGCCUGCCAAUCACACAGCACUUUGGAAAGUCUCGGCCACGUCGACCAGCUCGCAGGUACAACCGCCAGCAUGAGGAGAGAACACCAGAGAAGAGCAGCACCUGGAGACCAGACUGGGAGGAAGAGGCUGCGGAAGAGGAUCAGGGCAGCUCAGACAGUGUGCAGUUGGAUGAGGUUGAUGGAGACCUGGUGCCAGACUCAGAAGAGAUGGACCUGCUGGGGGAGAUCUUCGACACGCUCAGCACUCGGAGCGUGCACGAGCGCGGGCUCCUGUACGGGACUCGCAGCCUGGACUUCUUCGGCCCCGACUCGGCCGACUACAUCACUCGGAAGGGGAUGGCCGCACCGAGCCAGGAGAGUCUGAAUGCCUCCCUUGGGAGGAGCGGAAGUCUCCUGAGCUGGGGUCAGGAGGAGGAGCCAGAGGAGCAGGAGGAGGGGUCAGAUGCACAGGGGGAGGAGCAAGAGGAGGGGACUGGCAAGCAGAAGGGGGAGGCAGAAGAGGAGAAGGAGGAGGAGGAGCUGGAAGAUGAAGGAAAAGACAGACCUGGCGAGCCUUAUCAAGAGGCAGGGAGGAAAGUGAGGAGCCUCCAGCAGCAGGAGAAGGAGGAGAGAGUAAAAGAGGAGGAGCAGGAGAGACAGCAGGAGGUUCAGAGCCAGGAGCACCAAGAUGAAAACCAGCCUCAGCGAACAGGAGCUCCACCCUCACCUAUGGAACCAGAGGCAGUAUCUGCUCAAAGCCCCACCACCACCCUCAGCCCCGCCACUUCCUCUGAGGUCACUUCGGAGGAUAAGCCAUCCGGAGCGGGACGAAGAGUGGAAUCGGGAUGGAAGGCCCAGCUAAAGGAACAGGGGCGUGUGAGCACACCCCAGAUCAGUGCUGACAGCCAGGUCACAGACCCUCCCAGCCCCUCCCCAGCUGGCCAACUGACAGAGCCGGGUCCUGACGUCGGGGCAGGGCUGGGGGGAGGGGCAGACGAACAGGGGGAAAACAGGUCCCCCAUGCCCAGGGUGCAGUCUACUCUGGCUCUGUUUCAGGCUAGAGAAGGGGGCGGGGCCCGGAAGCCAGGCAAUGCCUUCGGAGGCGGGAACUCUGCCCUCAAAAAUUCUUCUCCCAACAAAAGACCUUCCCCUGAAGCUGGCCCCCCCGAGCCGGGGGACACGUCUAAGCCCAUCAGAACAUCGCCCAUGAGGCCCUCUCCUGGUGAGACGCACACAGACCCUGACAUCACUGCGGAAGGUGAGGAGCAACACCUGCCCCCUGUCAAGGUGUCCGAGCUGAAGAAGAGAUUUGAAGCUUGAUCAGUCCCUGACUCUGUGUGUGAGAGAGAGACAGUGGCCAGCCCACAGGCCAAUACACAGCAAACUGUGGCAUGAAAGUUUCUGCCAGAGAUGCCAAUGGUGACUGACAACGCAGUUCAUCUCUGUGGCCAGCAGGUGUCACUCGUCACACUGAGCUCCGGCCUGGAGACUUAAGAGAAAAGUGCAGUCAAGGUCUGGAGUUAAACUGGGACUCCUUACUGCAAAGCCUUUUAGUCUCUCCUUCUGCUUACUUAUCAAAGGUGGUGUCACUCAAUUUACUUAAUUUGUGCAACUUGUUAUUUUCAUGUCCACCUAACAGCUUUCCUUUCUGUCCACCUGUCUGUCAAGGACACACAGGACAGCCAAUCACCCAGACCCCAACUCAAGGUGUCGCCACUCAGACUGCCAUAUGUGAAAUUACCACUGAGGCUCUUUAAAAAAAAAAAAAGCACAGAGAAGGGCAACUAAAUUGGUUCCAUGUUUGAAAUUUUAAAAGGUACAAAUAAAAGCUGGUAUUCCAGCAGCCAUGCCACCCUGUACCCUUCUCAUGAUUUAGUACUGAAUCUAAGCAGGUGUGGGGUGUGACCCUCUAGAAAAGGGGUGAACAGUCUUAUCCGAAAAGGUUUGCAGGUUUUUUGUUUUUGUCGAAUGUUACAGCACCCGAUUCUACUUAUAAAGGUCUUGACUGGAGAACACAAUUAUUCAGACAUUGUAGUGCUGAGCAUAAACAGAGCCCUGCAUCCACACUGGCCCUUUUUGAAUUUUGGACACUCCUGUGUCAGGAAAGCUAGCUGGCUGCUGGAAGAAGUUAGCAUGUCAGCAGGAGGUUCUCUUCUCCCUGGACUGGAUAGAAACAUACUGUAGUACCCCAGUACAGAGAUCUGGGUGCCUUCCUUUUCCUCAGGGGAGAUGUUAACCAAAGGGUCCGAUUCGCCAUGGUCAUUGAAGAUCCCAAGGGCACAGGGUAGGGGGUGUGCGUUUAUUUUUCUUAUUUCAGAUCAGUCAGAGACACCGAUUUCUCAUGCUGGAUAGCACUGGCCCAAUGCACUGACCCUAGAUUCAUUUCAGCUUUCUCUCACUAGUAGGAUCAUGCUGAGCAUGUCACUGACACUGCCAUGAGCUGUGAUGACAAAUUUACACAUUAUUGCCUUGCCUUUUAAUAUCAAAUAUAUAUAUUUGCUUACGUGUCAGUUUGUCGCAUUUUUUAAUAAAUUAAAAUGAAAAGCA